CGCUCCGGCAACCAAUAGAAGCGGGAGGGGCGGGGCCAGUCGGGUCUUGUGCUGCUGCGGCGGGGAUCGCAGGUGUGCAGUCUUGCCGGCCCCCCCAGGCCUGAGAAGCAUGAAGCUCCUGUGUUUGGUGGCGGUGGUCGCGAGCCUGCUGGUUCCCCAAGCCCAAGCCAACAAGAGUUCUGAAGAUAUCCGGUGCAAAUGCAUCUGCCCACCGUAUAGGAACAUCAGUGGACACAUUUAUAACCAGAAUGUGUCACAGAAGGACUGCAACUGCCUGCAUGUGGUGGAGCCCAUGCCGGUGCCCGGCCACGACGUGGAGGCCUACUGUCUGCUGUGCGAGUGCAAGUACGAGGAGCGGAGCACCACCACCAUCAAGAUUAUCAUCGUCAUCUACCUGUCAGUGGUGGGCGCCCUCCUGCUCUACAUGGCCUUCCUGAUGCUGGUGGACCCGCUGAUUCGAAAGCCGGACGCCUAUACUGAGAGACUGCACAACGAGGAGGAGAACGAGGACGCUCGCUCUGUGGCGGCCGCCGCCUCCUUCGGGCCCCGGGCGAACACGGUCCUGGAGCGUGUGGAGGGCGCUCAGCAGCGGUGGAAGCUGCAGGUGCAGGAGCAGCGGAAGACGGUCUUCGAUCGGCACAAGAUGCUCAGCUAAGUGGCCGGCGCAGCCAAGUCAUGGUCAAGGCCAGGGCCGGAUGGCGCUGGGGCCACCCUCCCGCUCAGUGCCACCUCUGGGUCUUCCCUUUAAAGCCCGAGGCAUUUUUUCUUCUCCCUUAUUUAGAAAUGAGCUCAGCCAGUUAACCUGGGACGCGUGCUGGGUCCCUGGUCUCAGUUUGCCUGCUUGGGGGUUUGGGGGAGGGGGGUGCCACAGGCCAGGAGGUGGGGGGGGGGCGCUCCGACUGUCUCCUUGCUGUUCCCGUCACCACUUUCCCGGCUCCAGAUCUUGGGAAGUGAGUGUGUGAGAGGAAGGCACCACCACCAGCCUCCUGCCGACACGACUCCUCAGCCCAGCUUGGCCGCAUUCCAGCCCUCACCGGCUCUGCCGGCAGGGCAGAUGCCACAGCCCUGCUGUGGCCCUCAGGGCACACCUGGAUGCUGUUCCAGCUUCCCUUCCCUACCCUUUGCUCCUGCUGCCGCCGCUGUGGGCAGAGCCCAGGACCUUGCUCAGUUCAGGAAGCCAGAGGUGCCCCUGCCCCGGCUGGCAGCUGCUGAGCAUUGGUGGGACAACAGGCCCCCGAGGCUGAGGUGGCUCUGAGCACCUGGGCCCCUGUCCUGGGUCACACUUGUCCCUGCAUUUCGUUGUACCAGUGCAUGCAGAGAAAUGUCAUCCUUCCAUCACCUGUGAAUCAAGGAAGCGUCAUUAAAUUGUCUUUAUUUCUCUCA